UCGGUUUUGUUCUUUACCCGAGAGAGAGAGCGGAAGGAAACGGCGCAGAGCUCUCCUUUUCUUCUUCUUCUUCCUUCUCUGUCGAUUACUCCCCCAAGUUCCGGUCUUUUUUCUUCUGAUUGCAUCUUAUUGAAGUGAGAUUUCAACGGAUUCAAGUGGUUUCGCCAAGUAUUUUCUGCUGCUUGAUUUGAAGGGAAGAGAGAAGGAAAGCUGCUUCCUUGAGGGGCGGAAGGAAUCCAUGGGGGUUCCUUUGCUGCUUCUUUUACUUGCGUUCUCAGUAGCUCGCGCCGACGAAGGUGCCUUCAUCGGCGUUAACAUCGGCACUGCCCUCUCCUCCAUGCCCUCUCCGACUCAAGUGGUCGCCCUCCUCAAAUCCCAGCAAAUCCACCAUAUCCGUCUCUACGAUGCGGAUCCUGCCAUGCUCGCCGCACUCUCCAACUCCAACAUCCGCGUCACCGUCUCCGUCCCCAACGACCAGAUCCUCGCUGUCGGGCAGUCAAACUCCACUGCCGCCAACUGGAUCACCCGCAACGUCGUCGCCCACCUUCCCGCUGUCAACAUCACCGCCGUGGCCGUUGGCUCCGAGAUCCUCACAUCUCUCCCUCACGCCUCCCCUGUCUUAUUCUCCGCCAUACGAUUCAUCCACUCCGCCCUCGUUGCGGCCAAUCUCGACCGUCAGAUCAAGGUUUCCACUCCUCAUUCCUCCUCCAUCAUACUCGACUCUUUUCCACCUUCUCAAGCAUUCUUCAAUCGCACAUGGGAACCCAUUCUUAGUCCGAUCCUCAAAUUCCUCCAAUCCACCGAUUCCUAUUUCAUGCUCAAUGUCUACCCGUACUACGACUACAUGCAAUCCGAUGGCGUAGUUCCGCUCGAUUAUGCCCUGUUCCGCCCGCUGCCGCCGACCAAAGAGGCCGUGGAUGCCAACACUCUGCUUCAUUACACCAAUGUGUUUGAUGCAGUUGUAGAUGCAGCUUACUUCGCUAUGGCUUAUCUCAAUGUGACAAAUCUUCCAGUUGUGGUCAUGGAAUCAGGAUGGCCUCAUAAGGGCGAUGCGAAUGAGCCGGAUGCUACCACAGACAAUGCCAAUACCUAUAACAGCAAUCUAAUCCGCCAUGUGCUGAACAAUACUGGAACACCGAAGCAUCCUGGUAUUCCGGUGAGCACUUACAUUUAUGAGUUGUAUGAUGAGGAUGAGAGGCCGGGGGCGAUGUCCGAGAGGUUUUGGGGGUUGUUUGAUGGAAAUGGAGUGCCAGCGUAUACGUUGCAUUUGACUGGAUCGGGGCUUGUGCUGGCUAAUGAUACAACGAAUGAGACUUAUUGUAUUGCCAAGGAUGGGGCUGAUGAGAAGAUGUUGCAGGCUGCGCUUGAUUGGGCGUGUGGGCAGGGGAAGGUGGAUUGCUCGGUGUUGCAGCAGGGGCAGUCAUGUUAUGAUCCUGAUACAGUGAAUUCCCAUGCGAGCUAUGCCUUUAAUGCUUAUUAUCAUAAGAUGGGGAUGACUGUUGGGAGCUGCUAUUUCAAUGGGGUUGCGGAUAUUACUACUACAGAUCCAAGUCAUGAUACUUGCAAGUUUCUAGGAAGUAACGGGAAAAAUGGCACGUUUCCCAAUGGCACAUCUUUGGCUCCUUCUACAAACUCUUCAGCUGAGAACAGUAAUGCUCACCAGGAUUAUUAUGGAACCGCAGCAGCAAUCAUUCAAUUUAUGGGAGUUCUUCUGUCAAACUUACUCCUAUUUUAGGGCUUUUCAGCUAUUCUCUGCUUAAUUUGCUUGGAGAAAUGCCGCUUGCUCAAUUUUGUCGUCAUAGGAAUUAGACUCCGCUCUGCUUAUCUUCUUUUUUAUUUGUUUAGUUUUAUUUUUGAGUAGAUGCAGAUAUAUUGUACAAAGCCAAGUGCUUGCGAACUUUUUGGACUGGACAAUUCUCCUGCACUUUGAUUGCCAUUUUAAGCACAAGAUUCAUCUUA